AUGUCGGCGAUGCAGGCAGCUAACAGGCUUAAAUCAGUCUUCACCAAAGGCACCGGUCCGAGCUUCGGACUGUGGCAGAUGAUCCCGGGGGCCAAUGUCUCCCGGGUACUUGCCCGGAGCCCUGGUGUGGAUUGGGUCUUGGUGGACUGCGAACACGGGAACAUUGACGACGGGGCUAUGCACGAUGCAGUUCCCGCCAUCGCCGCCGCUGGCGUAUCGCCCAUUGUGAGAAUACCUGAUAUGCAGGGUUGGAUGGUCAAGCGCGCAUUGGACUGUGGUGCUCACGGGAUUCUUGUCCCGUUGCUCCGUAACGCCCAGGAGGCAAAGGAUCUUGUCCAGUCUGCCAAGUUCCCGCCAUGGGGAAGACGGGGUUUCGGCUCGCCGCUGGCCAUGGAGAGGUUCAGCCCGGCGCCGAGUAUGACUGAGUAUCUGCAGCAGGCCAACGAUAGCCUGCUCACCAUGGUUCAGAUUGAGACCCGAGAGGCUUUGGACUCGGUGGACGAGAUUGCUGCGGUUGAAGGCAUCGAUGUUUUAUUUAUCGGGCCCUUUGAUUUAGGUCAGCUGUGA